CAUUUAUUUUAUGAUUAUUAGGUGGCUUAUGGUAUUAUUCAGAUGAUGAUCCUCGUUCUGAUCCUCGUGGACCUGGUGCUGUCUACCACGGUCUCCAUACAAAUAUCUCCAAGGCGUUAAUGGCGUACUCAGACUUUCCUUUUGCAAAGGAUCUACCCCCUUUCCCGAAGGGGGCCGAUGUUUAUAAGUACUACCAGCGGUAUGCCGAACACUUCAGACUCCUCAAGUAUAUCAAUUUUAAUGUGGAAGUCGUGUCGAUCGACAAGGACCCCGAUCACAAAAGCACCGGGCGAUGGACGGUGACAGUCCGCCCAUUGUCAGGCGAGAUAAGGAGUGAGGUCUUCGAUGCUGUAAUGGUGUGUACUGGUCCUUAUCCCAGUGGGCACCUGCCAGACUAUCCUGGGUUAGAUUCUUUCAAAGGACAGAUCAUGCACAGCUGCCAGUUCAAAAGAGGGGCUGACUUCACGGACAAGAGGGUUCUGGUUGUAGGUUCAAGUAUUUCUGGAGGAGAUGUUUCCAACUUACUCAGUCACCACGCUGAUCAGGUAUUCCUUAGCUUGCGGCACGGAGCAUGGUGUAUCCCGCGAUUCUUUUACAACAAACAGUCCGCAGUCGAUUUCUUCAGUCAAAGAUGGAAAACCUGGAUACCACCAAGGCUGCUUAUGAACUGGCUUGUGAACAAGCUGAACUACCACAUGGAUGGGAAGAUACUGGGCUUACAGCAUUCAAAGGGCCCAUUCAACAUCCAUUGCAUGGCAAACGAGGGUAUACCUACUAGCAUCAUGGAAGGGAGAAUAAGAAUCAGAAGUGGAAUUGACAGAUUUGAAGGCUCCAGUGUCCAUUUUGUAGAUGGUUCGGUGAUUGAAGACAUUGACUUUGUCAUCUUUGCCACAGGCUACGAGCUCAAGUUCCCUUUCUUCAAGAAAGACCUCAUUCCGGACGGAUACGAUAAGAUAGAGCUGUACCGAUACAUGUUUCCUCUCCGGCUUCGGCAUCCAACCCUCUCUUUUGUUGGGAUGUGUCUCCCAUUUACAAUUGGUGCCAAUUCGUUCGUUGAGAUGCAGACAAGGUACAUCACCAAGGUCUUCAGAGGAGAAGUCAAGCUAUCUAACUUUAAAAAAAUGCAACAGGAGAUCAUGACUACAAAGGUUCUCAACUACAGGCAAUUCGAAAAUCACUUCCCAUUCUCGGUCAAUCCAGUAGCCUACCUUGAUCAGCUAGCCAAAGCAAUCGGUGCGCUACCAAGUUUGACAAAGCUUCUCUUCACCGAUCCUGUACUUGCGUAUCACUUCUACUUCGGAGUCGCCUAUCCACCUUGCCAUAGGUUAGUAGGUCCUGGUGCCACUCCUGGGGCAAGACAGGCUCUUCUCGACUGCAAGGAGAACCAGGUACAUGGUAUUACACUGACAACAGUGCGUAGGGAUGCGGAAAAUUGUCUGCAAGCCUAUGAAGACGGCCAGAAAUCCUCCUUAACUGUGUAUAUCAUGAUCUUCGGAGCCAUUUUAUCUGUAAUUGUCCUCAUGGCUAUAUUUUGAUCAGAAAAGAGAAUCUUAAUUGAUUUAAACAAAUUGCCAAACGUUAUACGUUUUAUAUUACCUUCAUGACGGCUCUCAGCCUAUCCCAUCAAUAUUCGAAAUCAAGAUUAAUUUCGAUUAUGAAAGGCCAAUUGUACAAGACAAUGCCCAUCGAUAUUGUUUUGAUGUUCUUAAUGACACCCACCCCAUGGAUCACAAGUAGAAAAUAUUAUAGUGAUUAUAGAUAUUAUAUUGAAAUGAGAGUCGUUUAUGACAAAAAAAUGUCCAUUUUGAAAAGAUAUAUUGUUAUAAUUGUAAUCAUAUCAUCAUAGCAUUACAUGUACCCACUCUUGGUAUUUUUUACAUCAAUGGUUGUUGCUAAUCUUCUGUAUC